GUCUACUUGACCUUUCUUAGUCUUAGUGCAGUAAAUUAGGGAAUAGUCCAGUUAUUUCUUAUUUCUUAUACUUAACUCACUGUCAGUACAAAUAGUUUUUAAAAGCACGACUGCUUUGGCAUAGUGCUAUAGUUGUCAGUUGCUGCUGUUGUUAUUUUUCCAGCUAAUAUAAUUCGGAAAACCCUCCACAUUUUUAGAUUUAACAGAGAUUUAAAAAUAAAUUAAUAAAAAAAAAAAAACCUUGGCUGUCCUGGCACUACAAAGUUUAGGAGGUAUACGAGGAAACAGUUUGACACAGGAAAUCAUUGAUUAUUGACAAGUGAUCAGCUUCUUGAGACUUCACCUUUUUGCUGAAACUCAACAGAGAGCACACCUAGGCCAGUGUCCCGCUGUAUGCUACUCUGGUCAGAAACCAGCUAAAUCCAUAUUUUAGUGUGAGAAAAAAAAUUUCCACUAUUUAGCAACCACAUACAUACACUCUCCUUCAGGGGCAUUCACAUUUAAACUAAAAUCUGCUGUCACCAUCUGCAUUCCAACUUUUCUUUAACAUUAACACUGAAAGUCAGCAUAAUUAUGCAAAACACAGACAAGACAUUUUUAUCAGCUAGGUUUUAAUUGCAUUAACACACAAAAACACACAUGCACAAAUUUUGCAUUGUGACAUCUGACCAUGGAUGGAACAUGGAUCAGCCUCUUAAAUUCCUUUUUAUAUAUAAAAAGUGAUGAGACCUCCUGUUUUGCUUUGUGAUGUUGAGAACACAAUUUGUAUUGUUAAACUAUUGAUUUUUAAUACAUAGUUAUGGUAGGUCAUUCGUUUGUACAUGCAGGGCUUUCCUCAAAGAAAACAGGAAACGAUGGCGCUGUUGCAUCAUCAUUUCACUUUCAAAAUGUGGUGUUGUGUAUGCAAGUUUAGUAUGCAGUGUACAAACUGUGUUUCUAUUUUGAAAUUGAAAGCAACAUCUAACUGUGGAAUUAUGGGGAGACCCCUGUAGUGUUAAAAAAUAGCUGACCAAGCUCAUUUAAUUAUAGUCAAAAAGCCCCUCUGGACUAAUACAGCUGAUGAAAUACAUUGUAACUAAUUGUGGUUACACAGUGUCUCACAGUUCUGUCUGAGUCUUUCUCAAAUUCCUGCUGUGUUUGUUAGACUGUUAAGGGAGUGACAUUGCAUAAAAUGUUCCACUUGACACAUAAAUCCUCACAUAUCAAGUAUAAGUGCCAUGGACACGACCUAAUUUCCUGACUUGAAAUGAGAGGCAUACUGUACGUCUCAGGACAGACAGUCUAGUUUAAAUCACAGCUAGCCCUCAUUCACUGAUGAACUGUCCAUCUUUGCAACAGGGGUUAUGCAGUGUGGAAUAGGACACCUGCCAGGUGGCUGCCAGAGGACGAUGGGCCUGCACUGCGUCUUGAUCCUGUGCUUGUUCUCAGGCUGGGCAGUGGGUUACAAGCAGGGGGAGAACGUGACUCUCUAUGUCAACAAAGUGGGCCCUUAUCAUAACCCCCAGGAGACAUAUCACUACUACACCCUGCCUGUUUGCAGGCCGGAGAAGGUGCAUCACAAGUCCCUGAGUCUAGGAGAAGUGUUGGAUGGUGACAGGAUGGCAGAGUCUUUAUAUUACAUCCGAUUCAGAGAGAACGUGGAGAAAAAAACCCUUUGCAAGCUCACUCUUUCAGAGAAACAGGUGGACGAACUUCGUGAGGCUAUCGAGGAGCUGUUCUACUUUGAGUUUGUCCUGGAUGACAUUCCAAUCUGGGGUUUUGUGGGAUACAUAGAGGAGAGCGGCUUCCUGCCUCACAGCCACAAGGUGGGUUUGUGGACUCACCUAGACUUCAACAUCGAGUACAACGGCGACUCAGUGAUCUUCGCCAACGUCUCAGUAAAAGACGUCAAACCCGUUCCCCUGGAGGAGGGGGCGGGUGCAGCGGUGGGCGUAGUCGGAGUGGGCGGAGGCAGCCUGACGGUCACCCACACCUACAGCGUGCGCUGGUUCGAGUCCCCCCUGCCUCAUGCCCGGAGAGCCGAGCGCCUACGAGACUACUCGUUCUUCCCCAAAACACUGGAGAUCCACUGGCUCUCCAUCAUUAACUCACUGGUGCUGGUGGUGCUGCUGCUGGGCUUCGUCAUCAUCAUCCUAAUGCGGGUCCUUAAAAAUGACUUUGCCAGGUACAAUGUGGAGGAGGAGGGCGGCUGUGAUGAUCUGGACCAGGGAGACAAUGGCUGGAAGAUCAUACACACUGAUGUCUUCAGGUUUCCCCCUUACAAAAGCCUGCUGUGUGCCGUGCUGGGAGUGGGGGCUCAGUUCCUUACUCUUGCCACAGGAAUCAUCUUUAUGGCAUUGCUGGGAAUGUUCAAUGUGCACCGCCACGGUGCCAUCAACUCUGCAGCUAUCGUCCUGUACGCUCUGACCAGCUGUGUGUCAGGCUACGUGUCAUGCAGCUUCUACACACAGAUCAACGGCCAACGCUGGGUGUGGAACAUCAUCCUCACCUCGUCGCUCUUCUCCGCUCCUCUGUUCCUGACAUGGAGUGUUGUUAACUCGAUCCACUGGUGGAGCGGCUCCACUCAGGCUCUGCCGGCCACCACUGUGCUCCUCAUUCUGGGUGCCUGGGUGCUGGUGGGCUUUCCACUCACUGUCAUCGGCGGCAUUGUGGGAAAGAACCGAGCCGGCAGCUUCCAGGCGCCAUGCCGCACUCGCAACAUCGCCCGGCAGAUCCCUACACAGCCCUGGUACAAACACACGGCUGUACACAUGGCCAUCGGCGGAUUCCUGCCAUUCAGUGCCAUCUCAGUGGAGCUGUACUACAUAUUUGCCACGGUUUGGGGCAGAGAGCACUACACCCUCUAUGGCAUCCUGCUUUGCGUCUUCGCCAUCCUCCUCUCAGUGGGAGCCUGCAUCUCUGUUGCUCUCACCUACUUCCUGCUGUCUGGCGAAGACCACCGGUGGUGGUGGCGGAGCGUCCUGAGCACCGGCUCCACUGGCCUCUUCAUCUUCGUCUACUCUGUUUUCUACUACCGGAACCGGUCCUCUAUGAGCGGCCUGGUGCAGAGCACCGAGUUCUUUGGUUACUCUCUGCUCACAGCGAUGGUCUUCUCGCUGAUGCUGGGCAGCGUGUCGUUCUGGGCCUCACUGGCAUUUAUUCGCUACAUCUACCGUAGUCUCAAGAUGGACUAGACAUCAAAUGUGCACACCAGACAAAUGGCUAUAAACAAACAUUCCCUCAUAGCACACAUGGACAAUCGUCAUUCUCCUCUCUUGCUUUCAGUCAUACACCACGCACACACACACACAUCCAAUGUGGGAGGAGAAACAGGGGCCUUUAUCUUGAUUUGACAGGAGCUUAUGGUUGAACUCGAGCCAUCAUUGUUGUAAUAAGGGACAGUUGGUUGGAUGGCCAAAUGAAGAGUGAGCUGGGGAGGGCGACCGUGUUUAAGGAUAAAAUGGGAUAUUUCAGUACAAAGGGAUGAUUGUGUAUCAGGAGUGAAUGGUUUAAAUGUAUGAUGAGAUACAUGAGUGAAUGGAUUUAAUAAAUAAUGUAGUGUGGCAUGACAUCUGCUCUGGUUCCUACUUGGUCUACCAAGGCUUGGCAGGCUCUUUAUUCCCCCCCAUACCAGUUACCCACUGAGACAGCUGACUUGUACUUUAGUUAUGCUGCAGUUCAAGUGUUAUUACUUGGAAUUAUACCCCCCCCCCACAAUUGCAGCCACAUUUUCAAUAGAACCUAAACAUUGUUUUGCACUGGCCUUGUCAAGCUGUACGUGGCCCUGCAGUGGAUUAGAGGAAUGAUGUAAUGUAGAUUGAAGAGCUGUUGCAAAACAUUGGUGAUGGGAGCAAUAUUAUUGUGUUAUGGUCAGCAUUGACUGAUUUUGGUUCUGUAAAUAGUCUUUUCAAUAAAUGCUUUUUAAUAAAAUAUUGCCAGCAAA